AUGAAGCCAGACCCCGCUGGAGGUUGCGUGCUGCUGCUGCUGCUGCUGCUGUGCACUGUACAGACCAGGUCAGGGGAAGUUCCUGUCCCCAGACCCCUCAGUGUCUCCCCGGAUGCAAGGGGCUGCCACGUGGCCCAGUUGCAAUCUCUGUCCCUAGAAGAGAGGCAGGCCUUCAAGACAGCCAAGGAAGCAUUGGAAGAGCGGCGCCUGCUGAAGGACUCCACCUGCAACUCGGGGCUCUUCUUCAGGGCCUGGGACCUGGGGAAGCUUCAAGUGUGGGAGCGCCCCAUGGCCCUGCAGGCUGAGCUCUCCCUGACACUGAAGGUCUUGGCCUCGGUGACAGACCAGGCCCUGUGGGGCAUCGUGAAGCAGCCGAUUCACACUCUGCGUCACAUCCACGCCCAGCUCCGGGCCUGUGAGUCCCCUGGCUGCCUCCAGGCCUCUGUCACCUUCAACCUCUUCCGCCUGCUCACCCGGGACCUGAGAUGUGUGGCCAGGCCAGACCUGUGUGCCUGA